UUGAACAUGGUAUCCAGCCUGAUGGUCAGAUGCCAAGUGACAAGACAAUUGGUGGUGGCGACGACUCUUUCAACACCUUCUUCAGUGAAACAGGAGCAGGCAAACAUGUCCCUCGGGCUAUAUUCAUAGAUCUAGAACCUACUGUUGUCGAUGAAGUACGCACAGGUACCUAUCGUCAGCUGUUCCACCCAGAGCAGCUAGUGACUGGAAAAGAAGAUGCCGCCAAUAAUUACGCUAGAGGACAUUACACCAUUGGGAAAGAAAUUGUAGAUUUAGCUCUUGAUAGAAUAAGGAAAUCAGCUGAUCAAUGUACUGGGCUUCAAGGGUUCCUGAUUUUUCACAGUUUUGGUGGCGGAACUGGUUCAGGAUUUACAUCACUAUUAAUGGAAAGGUUGUCCGUGGAUUAUGGAAAGAAAUCGAAGCUGGAAUUUUGUGUUUACCCUGCUCCACAGGUUUCUACCGCCGUUGUUGAACCUUACAAUGCCAUUUUGAAUACCCAUACUACUCUGGAGCAUUCCGAUUGUGCUUUUAUGGUCGACAACGAGGCUCUUUACGACAUUUGCCGACGCAAUUUGGAUAUCGAUAGACCAACGUAUACAAAUUUGAAUCGUCUGAUUGGUCAGAUUGUCAGUUCAAUAACUGCCUCACUCCGCUUUGAUGGCGCCCUCAAUGUUGAUCUUACAGAAUUUCAAACAAACUUAGUGCCCUACCCGCGCAUUCACUUCCCAAUGACAACCUAUGCACCUGUUAUAUCUGCAGAGAAGGUUGGAAUCAACUACCAGCCACCCACUGUUGUUCCAGGAGGAGAUUUAGCUAAAGUACAAAGAGCCGUCUGCAUGCUAAGUAAUACUACCUGUAUUGCUGAAGCCUGGGCACGUCUUGAUCACAAGUUUGAUUUGAUGUAUGCUAAACGUGCCUUUGUUCACUGGUAUGUAGGAGAAGGUAUGGAGGAAGGAGAAUUUUCUGAAGCUCGUGAAGAUUUGGCAGCUCUAGAGAAGGAUUAUGAGGAAGUUGGUGUAGAGUCUGCAGAGGGAGGAGAAGAAGAAGAAGGAGAACAAGAAUAUUAA